AUGACUCUUUUCUCCAUUUAUUGUUUCUUCGUGGCACUAUUAUUAUGUCAGUCCUUGGUUCGUGCCGUUAACAACGGUUAUUACGGGUAUAACCCAUCGGUUGCCAGCUAUCUACCCGAGAAACCUCAGAACAUCAUGAAUCCGGUGGACUCGUGUUGGCGGCAUAAAUCUGACUGGUCCGCUAACCGCAAAGAGUUAGCCGAUUGCGCGGUUGGGUUCGGUUCAUCUGCCUUGGGAGGCAAGAAAGGUAAUAUAUAUGUUGUCACAAACCCUAACGACAAUGCAGCGAACCCUAAACCGGGUUCUCUCCGAUACGGUGUGAUCCAAGACAAGCCGUUGUGGAUCACUUUCGCUAAAGAUAUGGUCAUAACCUUAGAGAAUGAGCUCAUGGUGAACAGCUAUAAGACCAUAGAUGGGAGAGGGGCAAAAGUGGAAAUUGCUUACGGACCGUGCAUUACGAUACAACAAGUGACGAACGUAAUCGUGCAUGGGAUCAGUAUCCACGACUGCAAACCGGCGAAGUAUGGAAUGGUGAGGAGUAGCACAACGCAUGUCGGUCAUCGAAAGGGAUCGGACGGUGAUGCGAUCGCUAUUUCCGGAUCGUCUAAUAUUUGGAUCGACCAUUGUUAUCUAGCGAGUUGUACGGAUGGCCUGAUCGAUGUGAUACAUGCUUCCACGGGAAUCACGAUCUCCAACAACUAUUUUACUAAGCAUGUUAAAGUGAUGUUGCUCGGACACAACGAUAACUUCGUGCAAGAUGUGAACAUGAAAGUGACCGUGGCAUUCAAUCAUUUUGGACUAGGACUUGUGGAAAGAAUGCCAAGGCAAAAAACUGUGAUGUGUAGGGUCAGACGAGGUUACGCUCAUGUGGCAAACAAUAGAUACGAUAAAUGGAUAAUGUAUGCAAUUGGUGGUAGCGCCGAUCCAACCAUUUUCAGUGAAGGAAAUUAUUUCAUUGCUUCUGAUAAAUCUAAUAGUAAAGAGGUGACAAAGAGAGAAGUGAAAGGAGGGUGGAACAGUUGGAGAUGGAGAACUUCAAAGGACGUUUUCAAGAACGGAGCUUACUUCGUACCUUCCGGCUACGGCAGCGUUGAGUUGCCAUACAAUUCUGCUCAGCGAUUCCCAGUGGCUCCAGGGAACAUGGUUCCUUCUCUAACCGCAGACGCUGGCCCUCUAAAUUGCAACCGCAAUCUCCCUUGUUAUUAG